AUGAAAUUUUCCAAAUCAUCUAAAAUCAAUGGUAAUAAUGGUACCACCACUACCACCACCGAUAAUCUACUGCAGCCGCAAUUACCUCCACAACCUCCUAGAAAUCGUCUAUAUCUAAAGAUAAACGCAUUUAGGGCAGCUGAUUUAGCACCAUCUCCUAAUAACAAUACAGAACAACUGUUAUCACUUCCACCUUCAGGUCAUCAACACAGCCACCAUCAUAAACGAAGUUUAAAUCCAAUUCUUAUUGCUCAAAUCAACCAAACUCAGAAAUGCUCAUCUAAAAAGACAAAUACAAAUCAACCUAGUUGGGAUGAUACUUUAUUAUUACCUUUAAAGCAUAAUGGAUAUUCACAAUUAUUGAUAUUAUCAGUUUGGGAUAAACAUAAACGAUCUAAAAAUUAUUUAGGAGAAGUAAGAUUAUCUCUUGUUGAUUUAUUCAAGAAACAACAACAAUUUGAAAGUAAGACUGAAAUGAAAUGGUAUAAAUUAUAUUCAAAUAGAAAUGCUCAUGCUUUUGUAACUGGUUCAAUUUUGGUAUCGUUUGAAUUGGUGGUUAAAAAGACAAAAAAAGACAAGAGAACAGAGUCACAAGUGUCAUCAAAUGGAUUGGAAAAUAGAACUAAGAAACUCAGUAUUAGUAGUGAAUCAUCUACCAAAGAACCAGAGUCAUUUUUAGAUCAUUGGUAUAAUUCAUUGAUAUAUCGAGAUAUAAAUCCCAAUUCCUUAAAACCAGAUGAACAAGGUUUCUACCCAGAUGCAAUAGAUGGUGCAUUGGAUCAAGUCAUAUCAGAUAUAGAAUCCCUGAUUGAAGAAACCCCAGCAGACAACAACAAUGAUGUAAUCCCAAGUUCAGGUAGUUUCAUAAGUAUAACCACUGCGGAUCGUAGAUUGUUAGGACUGUUAUCAGAUAUGAAUUCUUCAGAUGCUGCAUCUUUUCUAUCUACGGAUGCUGAAAUCCUUGCAACUGAAAGUGAUUAUAGCUCAAUGGGCCCCAAUGAUCCAUAUAAUCAAGAUAAACCACCCCAUCCAAAAUCAAGAAGACUUCGGAAAUUAAAAUUAAAAGCUAAAAAUAAAUUCAUUAAUAAUAAAUUUGAAUUAAGUAAACGAUCGGUACUUGGGGUUGUAUUUAUUGAAAUUAUUUCAUGUCUGGAUUUACCUCCAAUGAAAAACUUAACUAGAACUACAUUUGAUAUGGACCCGUUUGUAGUGGCAACAUUUGGUAAAAAGACUUUUAGAACAAGUUGGCAAAGACAUACUCUAAAUCCAACAUUUAAUGAAAGAGUUGCUUUUGAAAUGUUACCUCAUGAAAGUAAUUAUAGUAUUCAAUUCUCGGUAUUAGAUAAAGAUCGAUUUUCAUUUCAUGAUAAAGUUGCUUCUAUUUCAUUACCAUUACGUGAAUUAACUGAAUAUGCUACCGUACAACCAAUGGUACAUUCCAGUGGUCCAAGCUUGGAUCUAUUUAAGAAUUAUUAUACUAAUACUAGUAAUUCAGCUUCAAAUGAAGGGUUUACAACUGCUCAUGAAUCACCACUGAACUUAUCGGUAAGAAUUAUCGAUGAUGAUAAUUUAAUUAAAAAAACAGUCAAGAAGAAACGAUUUAGUAUUAAGAAGAAGAAAAUUAUUGAUUCAUAUGUUGAUACUUCGAAAUUUAGAGUUAUGUCCCUAGCAUUAGAUUUGGCCGAUGUGAAAUAUUUAGGGAAAUAUAAACCAGAAUUAAAAAUUAGAAUUCGAUUUGAAACUUAUCAUGAUUUAAGAAGGAAAUUUUGGCGAGUAUUGUUGGAGCAAUAUAAUUUAAAUGAUAAUGGUGAUGAUACUUAUGAUUAUUUUGAAUUAAUUUCAUUGUUGGAUACGCUAGGGUGUACAAAUAGUGAUGACCUUGUGAAUGAGUUUUAUAAGAAUUUGGAUAAACUGAUUUGGGGAGGUGAUUUACUUUCACAUGAUGAAAUUAUUGAUUCAUUAGAGAAUUAUGUAAAUAAGGGGGGUUCAAAUAAUGAAAAGAUUUUUGAAUUUGAAACAUGUCCAAUAUGUAAUAAAAAACGAAUUGGAAAGAAACAAGAUUUGGAUAUAGUCACUCAUUUUGCAAUCUGUGCAUCAAAAGAUUGGAGCAUUGUUAAUAAACUAUUAGUAUCUUCAUUUGUUUCUCCUCAUCAAGCAACAAAGAAAUGGUUCACUAAAGUAUUUAUUAAAUUAACAUAUGGGAAAUAUACCCUUGGUGGGAACUCAGCAAAUAUUUUAGUUCAAGAUAGAAUGACAGGUAUAAUAUUAGAAGAGAAAAUGGGAGUAUACGUUCGAUUAGGGAUUCGAUUACUUUAUAAAGGAUUAGAUAAAGCCCGUACUAAAAGAGUCAGGAUCUUACUUCGAAAAUUAAGUUUCCGCCAAGGUUUAAAAUUCGAUCAACCACAACUGAAGGCUGAUAUUGCUUCAUUUAUAAAAUUUCAUAAAUUAAAUUUGGAUGAUUGUAUGAUUGAAGAUCCAAAUGAAUUCUCCACAUUUAAUGAAUUCUUUUAUAGGAAGUUAAAACCUGGAGCUCGUAUAAUUGAAGAUUCACAAAAUCCAAAAAUUGUCCUGUCACCAGCUGAUUGUCGAUGUGCUGUGUUUGAUACUGUUUCUUCAGCAACUCAACUCUGGAUCAAGGGGAAGAAUUUCUCAAUUGCAAAAUUAUUCAAUGGGGAUCUUUCUUCUAGCGGUGGUUACGAUUUAUCUGAUUUUUAUAAACCCGAAGCAUGUUCUUUGGGAAUUUUCAGAUUGGCACCUCAAGAUUAUCAUCGAUUUCAUUCUCCCGUGUCAGGUAAAAUUGGGAAAAUCAAACUUAUAGAAGGGGAAUAUUAUACAGUGAACCCCAUGGCUAUUAGGUCAGAAUUGGAUGUUUUUGGGGAGAAUAUAAGAUCAAUUAUCCCAAUUGAAACUGAACAUUUUGGAACCGUCAUUAUGGUUGCUGUAGGAGCAAUGAUGGUUGGAUCAAUUAUUCUAAGUGUGAAAGAAGGAGACGCAAUUCAUCGUGGUGAUGAAGUUGGAUAUUUUAAAUUUGGAGGUUCUACUAUAGUUUUAUUAUUUGAAAAGAAAUUAUUUGAAUUUGAUCAAGAUUUAAUAACAAAUUCAAAAGUAUGCGUUGAAACUUUGGUUAGAGUUGGACAAAGUGUUGGUCAUUCACCUAAUAUUGGUGAAUUUAAACGAGAUCAUAUUGAAUUUAGACAUCUUAGUGUUGGAACAAAACUUAAAUUAAUUCGUCUGUUAACUGGAGGUGAUUUGAAUGAUCAAAGUCAAGUUAGUAAUUGGGAAGCGUCUCAAGUUAGUAGGGAAUUCAAACUGGAAUAUCUUCAGCAACAACCUUCUGAAUCAUCUUAUGAUGAUUAUGAUGAUGAUGAAUCAUUUGAUGAAGAGGGACUGGUUGAGGAAGAAGAAGACGAAUAG